GGCAUUAUUUAGAAAUUUAAGUGGGCGUACAAAUUCAAAAAGAUACAGUAAGUAAUAAAGAUGAACUUUUCUGAUGCUUUCCAGCAAACCAAGCACUUGGUGAAGUUCUCCCCCGAUGGCCAAUACAUAGCCAGUUGCUGUCAGUACCGUCUGGUGAUCCGAGACUGCAAGACCCUCCAAAUCAUCAACCUGCAGACUUGUGUGGACCCAGUUCAAGUGUUCUCCUGGUCUCCCGACUCUCUGUUCCUCUUGUGUGGUAUGCUCAAGAGAGGGAUAGUACAGGUCUGGUCAAUAGAGCAGGCACAGUGGAGGUGCAAGAUAGACGAGGGUUCUGCCGGCCUACUAGCUGCUCACUGGACCCCAGACAGUCGUCAUAUACUCACCACUGCCGAGUUCCAACUAAGAAUAACACUCUGGUCUCUCUCAAAUAAAACCGUCUCGUACAUCAAGUACCCUAAGCUAAAGAGUGGCUUCGACUUCACUAGUGAUGGAGCUUUCAUGGCAUUGGCAGAGCGUAGAGAUUGUAAAGAUUUUGUGAGCCUUUUCGAUUGCGAGCAGUGGAAGCUAAUACGGAAUUUUCCAGUGGAUACCAACGAUCUAGCUGGACUGAAAUGGUCACCAAACGAUAAAGUACUGUGUGUGUGGGAGUCAUCACUGGACUAUAGAUUGCUGCUCUAUUCCAUCGAAGGCCAGUGUUUGGCAGCAUAUUCUGCUUACGAGAAUGCCCUGGGAAUCAAAACAGUUGUGUGGUCACCUACGGGACAAUUUCUGGCUGUUGGGAGUUUCGAUCAGAAGCUGCGUCUCCUCAACCACAUUACCUGGAAACCUAUUGUGGAGUGCAGCCAUCCCUCUUCAAUUAUGGACCAAGACUCUGUUAUUGUCUACAAAGAGAUUGAGAGUAAAUUCGCCACAAGUGGAAAAACCAAGUCUAUUGCAGGGACUGUAUUUCCAAUACAGAGCAAAUAUGAACCUCAAGAAUUGCCGUUUACUGUUCCAAGUGUGAAACCAAAUCCAGAAAAACCGAAUCCAAAGCUUGGAGUUGGACUAGUCAAGUUCAGUGUGGACUGUACGUACAUUGCAACCAGGAAUGAUAACAUGCCUAACACGAUAUGGAUCUGGGACAUGACCAAGUUGAAACUGGUUGUCAUACUCGUUCAAUCAUGCCCCGUGUCUGAUUUCAAAUGGGACCCUCUUCAGCCCAGACUUGCUCUCUGUACAGGGAACAACAAACUAUAUCUAUGGUCCCCUGCUGGCUGUGUGAGUGUGACUGUGCCGGUGGACUCGAACUUUACUGUGGACAAACUAGUGUGGCAUUCAGCAGGUUCUGCAUUAGCAUUAGUCGGUACUACCCAUUUCUGCCUGUGCUAUGUCAAUAAUGAAGUCUAGUCAUUUUUAUCCCCCUAAUCUGUAUGCACUGUUCAUUUCACGUUAAUAAAUUUGAGUGAAAGGAUGGGAUGAAUCAAGACAU